AUGGCGCUGCGAUCGCUUCCCUCCGCCAUAUUUUCGCAGAUGAUCUCCCGCCCUCUGCCAUUUGCUGCCGGGCGAUGGCCUCGAUAUGUCCUGAACUCCCCCGCCCGACUGGUACCUGCCGCAUUUCCGUUGAAUAUCCCGGGCUUGCUGUCUGGAAUUUGGGAUUCCGUUCUCCGGGCUGUGCCCAAGAAGAAGACCUCACAUAUGAAGAAGCGUCAUAGGCAAAUGGCUGGCAAGGGUCUGAAGGACUUGAAGAGUCUGAACACCUGCCCUGGAUGCGGCCAAAUGAAGCGCGCUCACUUUUUGUGCCCACAUUGUGUUGAAACCCACCCAAUCGACAUAUUCUCGUUGGCAGUGACCAACAGUCAAGUCUUGUCGGCAUCGGGGGCCUCUGCGAUCAAGGUCUAUUCGACUACAGACCCCGAAUUUCCCCUCAUCCAGUCAAUUGAUGGUGCCCAUAAGGCUGGAUGCCAUCAUAUUGCAGCGGAUGGAAAUGGGUCGAGGGCAGUCAGUGUCGGGUUUGGAGGCGAGAUCAAGAUUUGGCAUUGUGACGGUGGAACUUGGUCGCAAGAUGAGACAGUCUCAGCCAAUGAUGCAGGAUCUGCCGAUGUUUGGGCUGUUACCUUAUCGCAGAAUGGCCAGUAUCUUGCUGGCGUGAGCCAAGACGGACACAUCAAGGUCUGGGAUUUGAAGUCGAACGGCAACCAGAUUCGUGACUAUGAAACAAAAGGGAGUUUUGGCACCUGUAUUGAUAUGUCGGCAGAUGGUCGCUUUAUAGCCAGCGGUCACGAGAAUGGUAGUGUCUAUAUAUUCAGCACAGAAACGGAUCGUAUGCCGUUCAGCCUCUCAGGGUUGGUGAAACCUGUACGGGCAGUGGCAUUCUCUCCUGGUGGAAAGUUCCUUGCUGCGGCUGGAGAUUCCAAAGUCAUUGUGCUCUAUGAUACGUCAUCUGGCGAACAGGUGGCGAGCCUCUCAGGACAUUCGGCAUGGGUUUUAUCGCUUUCUUGGAGCUACACAGGGGAGUAUCUUUUGAGUGGAUCGUUUGACGGGAAGGUUAAAGUCUGGUCCAUUGAUGCAAGAACUUGUGUUGCGACCCACUCCGAGACCGAUAAGGCUUUAUGGAGUGUCAAGUGGUUGCCAAAGAUUGGAAGAUCAGAAGGCUUUGCCACAGCUGGCGCGAACCGAAGCAUAUCAUUUUACCGGGAGGCUACUGGGGGUUGA